AUGGACAGCAACGUUGAACCCUACUCUGGUUACACUCGAGCACACAGAGUGGUCAUGUUAUACACUGAAUUUUUAGAUCUUAACCGAAGUGCCGUUCUUUCCUCACAACCUCUUUCGGACAAAUGGAAU